AUGGCGGAGGUCUUCGGGAUUGUCACUGGUGUGCUCGGGCUGCUCCCAUUGUGUCGUGAUGGUCUCGGAAUGAUUCAGGAUGUUUUUGACGCAGCUGGAACACUGGGUUUAGCUGUUGGAAGACUUGAAUUGCAACGAGAUCGUUUUGAUGAAUGGAGAGACAUCUGGAGAAGUGAUGAUGGAGAAUAUGAUAUCAAGUUUGAAGCGUAUGCUAAGGCAGAUCCAGCCGCGGCGAAGAGAGUACAGCGACAACUCGCUUUGAUGACACAGGCGAUGUUUGACGUUCAUGCCUUGGAAGAUCAGUACGGCAUCAAGCCUGAUCGAUGGCCAGACCGGAUCGAAUCACAAGACUUAUCGAGAUUCAGACUGCGAGAGGGAGAUAACCUCACCUUAGAAACACAAGGCACGUUCCUCAAACUUUGCAAGCAGAACAUGUCUUUCAUCAAGCGAUGCAAGUUCGUCUUUCGUCGAAAAGAAGCCAUCUGGAACAAUCUCAUCGAUCUCAUCAAAGAGUACAACGAGAACCUCGCUACCUACGGACCGAGGUUUGAAUUGGAGAAGAUGUUCAAAGCAGAAUUUGAAGUUCUGCGGAACUUGCAGCUGGAGCAAUUACGGCGUCGAGCGGAAGCAGCUACAUACGAAGCACAGCAUUCUCCACUGGACAGUGAAGAAAAGGCACACUUUCUCACUUACUCCUUGGCAGCACAAUUCAGUGCUGUAGUCAAGUUUGAGAGACAACACACUGCAUACAAGUUCACGAUGCGAGACUUCAGACUUGAUCCUUCAUACGCCGUUUCAUCUUCUGCUGGUGCCUCGACGAUGGCACUGCUCUUUGACUACCCUGUACGCAAAGAAAAUCGAGUCGUCUUGAUUGAGUGGAUUGAAGAUCUUGAUCGUGAGCAAGAAAGAGACACCAGGACAAAGGUACUGAUGCUCGCGACUCCAAAACCAGAACAACUUCUUCUCCCAAAAUGCUACGGCAUGGUAGAAGAUCCCGUUGGUAGAAGAUUUGGUCUCGUCCUUGCCCCACCAGAUCAUAUUCGGUCAAACUUGCCUCCAAUUCUGCCAGCUGGAGCAAUCUCGCAAAAGCGCAUGCCAGUAUCUCUUCGCGAACUGAUCGAAAGAAAGCAUCCUUCCUGUCCCGGAGUCCUCGACCUCGGGAUUCGCUUCAGACUCGCUAAGAAGUUGAUACAAGCUGUGUACAUGAUGCACUGUGUUGGUUGGGUUCACAAAAACAUCCGCUCGAACUCCAUUCUCUUCUUCCCAGCCGCAAACAUGCCAUCUCGCGGUCCAGCUGGUCCAGCAUCAGGCUUCCCGCAACCACUAGGCUACUCCGAGCCUGUCUUCGUGGGUCUCGGUAAUGCUCGUGUGGACGAUGUUGUCAACGACCACAAAUCAUACUAUGAAGAAGAAGAUGAUUUGGUAUAUGUCGAUGAACGGGGGCAACGUAUCAAACAUCUCCAAGUGACAAAACGUCAAAAUGACAUCAACCUCGAUUACUACCAACACCCGGACAAGAGGUGGAACCCCACUAUCCGCUACUCAAGAAGUCAUGAUAUUUACAGCUUAGGUUGCGUUCUUCUUGAGAUCGGAUUAUGGCAACCUUUACAUAAACUAGUCGAGGUUGAAGACGAGGAUUUUGAGAGAGUGAAGCGGGGGUUUCAAAGUUUGACCAUGGAUCUUGAUGGAACUGCAGGAUCUGUCUACGGCGACGUCGUACGAAAAUGUCUUUCAAUCAGUACGCGCGACCGCACAGAACCAGAAAUGCGAGAACUGUCCAAGUUCUGCGCAGAGAUCGCAGCCACACUUGAUAAAUGCUGGGCUUAGGAACAUUUCAACGAUUUCUUUUUCUUACCAAGACGUCACCUCUCGCUUUUAUAUUUCUCAUUCGGGUUUCCUUAUUUGGGACAGGAAAUAACAAUGCAUGAACUUGGGUAGGCGGGGGAGAAAAGGGAGCAUCACGUGCUAGGUUUUGGGUAUUGGGGGCGCUUUCCUCAUCUGGACACAUUCAACUCUGGGACCGGGUCGCGGGAACCAUUUCCUUUUCAUACAUCAUUCACGCGCAAAUUCUGAUUCUGAACUCUCGUUUUUUCUUCUU